GCUGUGCUCGAAAUAGCGUGUGUUAUCACCGUGACCUCGGCCGCGACGAGACGAGAUAGCGCGAGGUCGCCGGCACCUGCGCGCCGCCUCACACGUGCGCGACCAUUGCAGCUAACAAUUAGCGGUGCCCGCCACUGACCGCCGCUGGUUCGACUCCGCAGACGAAAUAUUUUAAGCCAAUAAAAACUAAACGCACCCGGUGAUUCCACCCAAGAUAAAAAGUUAUCAAAAAUAGCGUUAACGACAAAGUAAACAGUGGUAAAUUAGUUAUUUAUAAAUAAAUAAAUAAAUAGCGAAUCGAGUGACAAUGAACUUUGUAAGGGACCACAGUGAAAUAUUAAAAAUGAGGACUUGAAGUGCGAGUUAGAAAAACUGUUGAAACAUAGAAUGGGUAUUGUCAUGGAAAGCUCAGAGGUUAACUUGGUCGGCGCCAAUUGUCUCAGUAUUGAGCCAGAAUUGUUCGGAACGAUGAGUGCUCCCAGCGAAUACUAUGAAACCCUCCACACCAUCGCAAUAAAUACCAGAGAAACAGAAUUCGGAAGCUAUGUGGAGCCCAUACCGAUUACGCUCAAAGCGUAUAAGCACAUACCGACUCUCACUCCUACAAACGGUUACGGUUUCCCUCAAUCGGUCAUAACUCCGUUGCAUCCUGUUCCCCGGGUAGAGCCAGAGAGGGCUACGACGUCUGUUAUCAUACAGAGUCCUGUCAAAGAGGAUAAACCUAAAGUGGCAAGGCCACCUAAAAAGAAGUGGAUAAAGGAGUAUUUAGAGGAGGAGCCGGAGCUGCCGGUGUCGGUGCGGGUGGGCGAGUCGCCGGUGUCGCGCAGCAACGGCGUGGUGCGGCCGCCUUCGCCCCCGCCGCCCGCCAUCCUCGACUUCGCACAAGAACAUUCCAGGCCGCGCACUAACGGCAGUCACGGGCCAACCCAAAUCCCGUCCCCUCCGUCGGUGGGCAGCAACGGCAGUAGUAAUGGAAGCAACAGCAGCAGCAGCAAUGGUAGCAGCAGCAGCAGUAACGGAAUCCCUCGCGCCGGCACCCGCGAGGUCCACAAUAAGCUGGAGAAGAACCGAAGAGCACACCUUAAAGAGUGCUUCGAAAUGCUAAAGCGGCAGCUGCCGGCUACCCCUGAUGACAAAAAGACCUCUAACCUCUCCAUACUGGGUUCUGCUAUCCGGUAUAUACAGGUGCUUCGACGCAAGGAACGCGAAUGCGAGCACGAGAUGGAAAGGCUAGCCAGAGAAAAGAUCGCCGCGCAACAGCGGCUCGCCGCACUAAAGCGAGAGGUGACGAUCCGAGCCGCCGCCGUCCGGCCUCGCGUCUUUGAUGGUGCUGAGGACAAAGAGAGAGAGGAAAAUAUCGUUAACGGUCAAGUUUUAGGAAUUCCUAUAAGUAUUAACUGCUCCCCUCCGCGAGAGGCAAUCCGCGCGGACACCCCCCCGCCCCGCACCCUCAACCUCAGCACAAAGCUGCGCACACUGCCCAUACAGAUAUCGCCGACCACCUCGCAGGUAGUGCGGGCGUCGUACGGUGCGAGGCACGGCGCUCUCACGCUCACGACCAUCGCGCCUGCGCAUUCCACCUGUACAGUUCAGAAGAGCGAGGACGGCACGGCCGCGGAGUUCGGUACAUUGGUGCAGCCCGCGCAGAUACAUUUGCCCAUCUCACAGGUGGUAGGCAGCGGCGGCCUCAUGGUGAGUCCGGCCGCCAUCCAGUUGCUCUCCACCGGCGGAGGACUGCGGGUGCUGCAAACGAACGGCGUUACGACAGAGACCAGUCGGCUGUCAAAAGAGAACGGCGUCAGCGCGGCGGCCGCCGGCCCCACCGAAGGCAAUAGCGUGGUAGUGAGCGGCCUGACCCCGCUGGUGGUGUCCCAAUCGACCGCGCACUUGCUGCACACACACACGCACACGAUCACCCAAAAGAUGGUCGAGAGCGGGAUGGUGAAGAACGGCGUGCCUCCGCUGGCCGUGAGCGCGCAGUACCUGACGGCGACCACGAUCGUGAAGCCCGUGGUCGUGGUCACCUCCGCCCACUCCCCGACCACGUGACCUCGCUCGCCCGACGCCCGCGUCGGUCUCUUCCAAUGACACCGUCGAGUGCGACGCGAUCCGCGGACCUAGAAGUCGAUCGGAUUCCGUCUCCCGCGCGUCGCGACCGCGUCGAGGCGAGGGCCGGCCCGUAGUCCUAGAUUAUGUGGAACUUAGUUCUCGCGUCGGCCGAGAAGCCUCCUUAUCUGUUAGACAGUCGAAGCGGGCCCUCUUAUCUGAUAGGACGUUUGUGAUUAUAUUAUAUGCGAGGAACCGUGUCGUUUCCAUCAUUUUUUUAACUUCAAGCAUUUUCGUUCAAGCCGCGAAACGGCAAAGUGCGACGCUCCCACGAAAUAAAUACAUUUCGACUGCAUUUUUUUGCAAUAAUUCUGGCUAAAAUCUGCGAAACAGUAUUAUUUUGUGGUAUAGCCGCACGUCAGGAUGAAACGUUUAAUAUGUGUCACUACCUCAUCCCUGUGUACUCGCGGUCGGGCUUAUAAAGUCGCGUGCGCAGGCCGCGAUCGCGUAUACGAUAUUUGAACUUCUCGAAAGGCGGUUAAUUAAGGUAUGAGUGAUAUUGUGUUUAUCGUCCGACGAUAGAGUAUAAAAAGAGGAGUAAUUAAGGAAUGUUCCGAUGUCGUAUCGUGAGCGCGGCCUGGACGAGUGCGGAGUGUCGAGCUGCUGUCCUGUACUCCUGUAGAUACAGUUUUAAGUAUAUUUUUCUACAACAAAUUCCACGUUGUGUACAGUCGAGAAGUGAUAUUGUAGAUAUAGUUAUUUAUUUCGUAUCGGCAAUGUAGGGAGCAAAAUUACGUCAUUCGCUUAACAGGAGUUUAUUUGGAGCAGAUUUCUCAGCAAUAGGGCAUUGUGUGGUGUGGGAGAUGCUUUCGAAACCCACAGAGAGUGAAUACUUUUCUCUGGGACUCGUUUGAGGAAGCCUUUUCAAUACUCGACACGUAUUUUAAUGCAUCUUUAUGUGCAUUUAUUGCAGCGAAUUACUUUUUAAUUCUAUAUGUCCAACAGAUACUAUUUAAUUGAGUGUUUGUUUGACGUCUAUAGUUCAAUUUAUUUAAAAAUCACUUAAAAUGUGAGGGAAGCAACAGUGCGAUUGAUUUAUAUUUAUUUGGUCAGAAAAUCAAGUGUAGCGUGUGCUGUACCAGGAGAAUAGUGUCGAUGGUUAUAAGACAGACAUAGGAAUGUUCUGAAUGUUAUUUUUGUACCCUGAAUAUAUCUUUAUUUAUUAUUAUUACUUUUUAAAUUAAAUUAUUUGGGACCAUUACUAUAAUCACUUUUGGUAUAUCAAAAAAUUUGUUCGGUUUGUCCUGCAAUAGAAGAAAUUGUUUCGUCAGCCAGUGUUAUUUGAAUCUUUGGAUGAAAUAUUAUUCAUUAUACGAAUCCGCAAUUGCACUUGAGAUAAAUUUAACUAUUUAUUGCAAAGCUUGAUUCCGCUAAAGCAGGCCGCUCGGCCGUCCUAAUCUAGUGCCUACAUAGAUAGAGUGAACCUCGGCCGAGAUAAAUUUAUCCUUAUUUUUGUAUCGCAUACUUCCAAAUAUCACGAAAUAAUAAAAUUUUAAGACGGCUUUCUUAUACACCUACUAAAAUGUAUAAAAAUAUUUUUGGAAAUUCAUUUAAGUACUAUUUUGAUACGCUUUGUUGUUAUCGGGUAUCAGGAGUCAAUGAGUUGAAAGGAUACAUUUAUCUGGUGUCCUGAGGAUUUGUAAGAUUUUCGUACUGUAGUUGUUCGCUUGUUAAGUUUGCAGUUUCUCGUGUUGUUGACUCGACGAUGUUGUCUUUUUCACUCAUAUGAAUAGCGAUCAAGAAGAGACAAAUACUGUCCAGUUUUCUGAUAAGCAAUAUUGUGCCAAUAGUUUUUAUAUCGUUACGAGUAGAUGUUACUUGCAAACUGAACAUUUAUAAUAUCGUGUAUAUCGAGCUUUAACUUCCGUGAUAUUUUAUUUUUGUGCAAUAUUUUCAAUUAUUAAACAAUAUAUUAUCGAAAUCGUUAUAAACUCACAGUUGGACCUUGUGGCAAUCCAUCGUGAGUACCUAAAUAUUGGAAAAUUAAACUAUUUUAUUAAAGCUAUAAAUUUAUUGAGUUGAAGGAUCCUGCUCCUGCGCUGAUGUAAAGUAAUGAUUAUUAUUUAAUUUUGUGAAUUUCUCUAGCAUUUGACUUUGCCUAACGGUAGUUGUAUAAUAUGAAAGAUGUAUAAUGUAAAAAUAAAUUAAAA